ACUGUGUGACAGCAGGUUUGGAUGGUGAUGACAAUGCACACGAUUACAACGGAGCAUGCUACUACUUUCGGAACGAUGGCAGCUUUAAAUGGGAUGACGCCAAUAGUGAAGAUGGUGAUGCAGGUAAACCCGGAUGUCUCGGGAUGGGAGGUUUCCUCGCCGAGAUACGAGAUCAGGGGACACAGGAUGAACUAGCAGGAUUUGGAACAUCAAGAAGUUACUGGAUAGGAGCGGUCCGCGAGGAAUCGAGUGCUGACAGAACUUGGCUCUGGAUGGACGGCUCUCAAGUAGUAGAUACAUGGUGGGGUCCAGGUGAACCAACAUCUAAUGCGACUUGCAUCAGCCUCUUCCCCUUCAGUGGCAACUAUCUGAUGAAUGGUGAUGACUGCUCCAAGAGUCAUCGCUUCGUUUGCCAAUUCAAUAACAUAAACAUCAGUAUAGAAUGUGGCGAUCCGGGUACACCAUAUCAUGGCACGCGAGCUACCAACGCGAUGGCUUUCAUUCCCGGGGACGAGGUGGAGUUCUCUUGUAAUCCUGGCUAUGAGAUUGUCGGGUCAUCAGCAUUACUUUGUGGGAGUGACGGUCAGUGGAGCUCAAGUUUGCCAUUGUGUCAAGCCAGUACUUGUAACAGUCCUCCAGAAGUAGCGAACGCCCUCAUAAUCUACCAAACAUCAGUGGACUAUACAGGAACAAUCAUCUACCAGUGCAUAGAAGACUACUAUCUCACCGGCCAACAAUUCAUCUAUUGUCAGGAAAAUGGCAACUGGACUCAGGCCAAGCUUGAAUGCAGAGCUCACGAGUCUGAUGCCGACUGUAAGGUGACUAAGGUCAAAGUCGGUAGGUAUUUUCAAGCAAAUAAGUUGGAUAAUAGCGACAGAAGGAAACCCACUGAACAACCGAAUAAACUGCCGGAAGGGAACCUUCACCCGGGACCCGAGACCAGGACAGCACCAGAACAGGUGAAUCAUGCCUACCUAGAGCUACAAGCUGGAAACCUUCAGACGUUCCCACCAAUUGUAGGAUGGAGUCAAGUAUCUACCAUCAGCGCAUGCAACGAGACGACUACCGCUCACCCUAAUACCAUCGUCAACGAAACGGUGAUCGAAGGCUACGCUGUCUUCACAUGCGACCUCGGUUUUGAAAUGAACGUAUCUGACCAUGGGGAUGCCGUACUAGCAGUUUGCAACGAAACAUCGGGGAAUUGGGAAUUUAUUGAUCAAAGCCCGAACUGCCAAACCCAUGGGGACUUCAAUACGGAUGACCCGGGAUUCGGAGAGACAGGCAACUACACUUGCGACCAGGAGUACGUCAUCGACGGCGAAGGUAUGGUGACCUGCCUCGCCGAUGGAUCGUGGAGCUCGGAACCACCUCGUUGUAAAAUAAGUUGUCCAACGUCAUCGGACUCUUUAGCAAAUGACUACCUCAGCGACGGGUAUUGCGUCGAUGUUAACUCUGCCACAAAGACGUGGAGCGAAGCUAGUGAGAUGUGUGUCAGCCAAAAUGGAAGUCUGGCCAUCAUCACGACCAAUGAAACCAUGGAGUUCAUUCAAGCCAUUCUCAGUAAUGUGAGCGAUAGUUAUACGAGCUACUGGAUAGGAGGGUACGAGGCACCAAAGAAUAGCUCGUGGAAAUGGCUUACAAGUGGAGACAACAUAACUAACUUCUUCUGGGCUGACACGGAGCCAACCAAUGGAGACAAGGAUACUCGUAUCAUUCUAAGUCAGAAAUCGAACAGGAAAUGGGCGGCGCAUCAGUAUGACACCAAUCAAGAUAAAGACAACCAAGCACUUGGCUAUGUGUGUCAGUUUAAUUCAGACUGUACGACAGCAGGUUUGGAUGGUGAUGGAUAUGCGCACGAUUACAACGGAGCAUGCUACUACUUUCGGAACGAUGGCACCUUUAAAUGGGAUGAGGCCAAUAGUAAUGAUGGUAAUGGAGGUUUUUCCGGAUGUCUCAGAAUAGGAAACGAACAAGGUUUCCUAGCCGAGAUACGAGAUCAGGAGACACAGGAUGAACUAGCAGAAUUUGGAACAUCAAGAAGUUACUGGAUAGGAGCGGUCCGCUAUGAAUCGAGUGCUGACAGAACUUGGCUCUGGGUGGACGGCUCUACCGUAACGACAAGUUGGUGGGGUCCAGAUGAGCCCAAUAAAGACUCUGAAAACUGCAUCGACCUUUACAAGUACAAUGAUGACUACUUGAUGAAUGACGAGGCGUGCACGAAAUCAACUCGCUUCGUCUGUCAAUUUAGUGCUACCAAUUCAACUACUGUGUGUGGGGAUCCAGGCGACCCUUACCACGGCAAUCGAGAUGACGACAUCUCGGCUCCUUUCUUACCAGGUACGAGCAUCGAAUUUUCGUGUAACGACGGAUAUAAAAUAGAGGGAGUAUCGGAAGUCGUGUGCCAGACGGACGGGACCUGGAACGCUUCACUACCAAGUUGUAAUGCCGUUAAAUGUGGUUCUUGUCCACUCUUCGACAACGCCACCCUUCUAUUCUCUACCUCAACCUCGUAUCGUGGUACAGCGGUGUAUGGCUGCAACGGUGGUUAUGAGUUAGUCGGUACCCCAGCAAUAUACUGCCAGGCCACCGGAGUCUGGAGUACUGCUCAAUUUAACUGCUCAGAGAUAGAGCUAGAGAUCACGACCACUGGAACGGAAACGACACAUGUCCCUACGACUGAAAUUGAACAAGUAACUACCAUAAUCGACCCCACGACGCUGAUGGAUUUGACCACGAAUGCAAAGACGACAACAUUGGAAGUGUCGACACUGGGAUAUACUACAGCAUUCGAUGAAACCUCCUCAGAGAUGACAACCUUGGAAGCAGACAGGACGACCGAACCACAAGAUGCCGGAACUACACUUGCAACCACUACCAUAUCAACAACACAAAUAUUAACUACAAUGACUGGAGUGUCUUCCACUGAAAUGACUACAACAUACGCCGAUUCAACAUCUGAAGGGGACAGUACGACGCUUCUACAAACCACUGCCUUGGAAACGACUUUACUUGAUGUGUCUACUGGAGGUUCGUCAACGGUCGUUGGUACCACAAUCCCGAGUGUUUCAACUGAUGGUAAUGUUCCAUCGACAGACCAGAAUGGCCUGACUGACAUGAUAACCAGUUUACCUGAUAUUUCGACUUCGCUUCCCACAACUCAAAUGACCACAGCUACAAUGGAACCUUUAACGACAUCUGGUCCUACAACAUCACGUCUUACAACAACCGGGUCUUCAACAUUCAGUCCUACAACAUCCGGGCCUACAACAUUCAAUCCUACAACAUCAAAUCCUACAUCAACAAACCCUACAACAUUAAGUCCUACAUCAACACAUCCUACAACAUUGAAUCCUACAACAACAAAUCCUAAAACCACAAGUCCAUCAACAUCCAGACCUACAACACCCGGCCCUUCAACAUUCGGUCCUAUCACAUCCAAUCCUUCAAUAUCCAGUCGUACAACAUCGAGUCCUACAACAACAAAUCCUACGACAUUAAGUCCUAUGACAGAGGGGAUUUCUUCAACCAGCAGUACAACUUUCGCUGCCAAGACCAGCUCACCAAGUAGCAGUACGAUUCCUCCUGCAGAGCCUACCCGGAUCAAACCACUGAGUACCACAGAGGAGUCUGAGGCAGAAAAUACUCUACCUGUCGCUCUCAUCGCUUCAAUAUCAGCCAUAUUUGGACUGCUUCUCAUCGUCAUGGUACUCAUCUGUAUUAUAGUGUUGAUGUCAUCGUCUAAGAAAAAGAAAGCCACUUCCCAUACUCUGUUGAUGACUGACUUUGGUCCGGCAACUGCAGACGCCUCAUCUUCCAAUGACUCCAUCACAUCAUAUGAAGCCAUGGUCAACAGCGUCUAUGCCAACGAGGAUUACCGCAAGAACAUCCUAAACUACAACCCCUCGAUGCCCAGAAUAUCGUCCAUAACCGGUAGUAGCCACAGCCCAAACGGUUGGGGUUAUCAUCUGACCAACGCCGAGGGCGCUGCCGGAUCUGAACCGAUCUACGCACAGGUUUACAAAGACCGCCAGUCGAGUGUCGUCAGGUUCCCGUCCAUGUUUGAUGACAAACUUGUCGAGAAGAGAUUGCUCUCUUUUGAUCCAUCAAAGCGGAGUGAUCUCGCACCAUCAGAUCUGAUGAGUAAUAAUAGAGAUAUCGUCUUUGAAGGCACUGAGUAGUUUCUAGUCAGUUUUGUUCUGCUUAUAAGCGAUGACACUUGAUACGGAUGCUUCUUAUUAAAUAGCGCCACAAUAUUUUGAUGAAAUUUUUGCUACAAGAUAUAAAAGGGGCGAUGCACUUGGGGAGAGUUUAAGGUUUUUUCCUCAAGGGACGCUCCUUAUUUUGCUUUAGGUCUGAGGGCCGGUUGAUCACUAAUGAAUGUACCAAAAGGUAUCAAAUUCCACUAACUGAAUUUCGGUAGCAGCCUACCGCUGCUUUACAAACAUCCUAGAGGAAUACAAAGAAAAUGGCGUGUAGCACGAUUUUCAAGAAGGAAAAACAUUGAGGUUUCCCCUUGUUUCAUACUAUCAGAGUAUCAUAUUAAUCUGUGAGCGCAACCUAACAUCUGUGAGGCUCUAAAUAUGAUGAAGGACCUUCUAUUCCCCAAAAAUAAAUCAACAGUUUGGAGUUUGCUAUCGGACUUCCCGCCCUUCACUCGUAAAAUGCUGUACGGUAAAAUAAUACGAUUUUUGUUUUCUUUCUACUUUGUUAAUAGUUAAAAGUUAAUAUUGUCUUUUGUUUCUUUUUGUUUAAAUCACAAUAUCACCCACCUCAAUUUACAAUUACCCUCAUUUCAAAAGCUACUAAUCUUGAAAAUUAGAGGAAGGUCUAUGAUAUCAAAACUACAUUAUAUACACAUGUAUAAUGAUACUUCCAUAUAAUCGUUUCUGAAAAAGCAUAGAUAGUUAGCCCUUUAAAUAUGAUAUCGGUAUAUUUCUCUAAUUAUUGUUUUUUUAUAGUUUUAGUUCCCAAUGCUGAAAAAUGAAUUACUAAGUCAGGAUAUCUCGUGCAUGACAAUAGAAUAUUAUUACCGAUGAUGCCUUGUUUUUAUCAUUAUAUGUAUUAGGGUUUGGGAUCUGUAAACACUUGUACAAGCCUUAUCACAAUUAAAGAUGAUGGAAAUGAUGGUGUUUACUUUAUACUGCACAGCUCUAUAUUACACUAUUGAAAUAACUUAAACGAAGACGACGAAGAAGAAAAAGAAGUGGGGUAGAAGAAGAGGA